ACACUCCACUACGAGUGCUACACGGCUAGCUGCUGCGUUAUACACACGAUCCUGCUGCCUGGUGUUUCAGGUUUGAGACGUAGUGCACUACAAGCCCGCGAGUUUGUACCCUAUAGUGCGCCUAGCUAGCAAGUGGGGUGCUAUUUGGGAUACGGCCCGUGUCAUUCAUGUUGUGAUUCUCGGUAAGCGUCUGAAGCUGUUCAGGACGGGCAACUAAAAGUUUCUCACUUUUUUAAACAGUGAUGUUCACUCUGUCAGAGCUCUGGUCAGUUACUGAGAGACAGGGUCACUAUAAGCUGCUGAAGCCAUGGUGGGAGGUCUUCAUGGACUAUUUGGUGCUCCUCAUGCUCAUGGUGUCGAUCCUAGCCGGGACUCUGUUACUGUCACAGGACGGGGUGGUGUGUGUCCCCAUCUGCUCCACUUCAAGCAACUCCAGCGAUUCUUUUGGAAUUCCCUCGGAUCCUGUCACACCUCAUACUGCAUCAAGUGUCACCAUGUCCAAGAGUCUGGCUAAAGGCAUUCGGACUGACCUGGACUACCAGCAGUAUGUCUAUGUGAGUACUGUGUGCUACCACGAGGCUCUACCAUGGGUCUCACGCUUCCUGCCCUAUGUUACCUUACUGCAAUCAUUGCUACUCCUGGCUAGUGGUUCCUUCUGGUUCCACUUUCCGCUCACCUCUGCUCGCAUUGAACACUUUUUAACCAUCCUUGCCAAGUGCUGUGAGUCACCCUGGACCUCCAGGGCACUUUCUCAUGCCGCCAAGCUGGAUAGAGCACAUCACAGUCACCAUUCAGAAGAGGACAAAGUGACAAGGACCCAAGUGCCACACAUACCUAAACUCUUUACUCGACAGUCCAGCCUAGACUCAGGCACUGACAGUCCUCUUUUAGCCAGGGCGGGUAGUACCUCCGCUCAGCCUUCUCCAUGUCCAUCUAAUUUGUCUCACUGCUCUACAGUAUCCUCUCUGUCAAUGCUAGAACCUGCGUCCUUGCAUAAAGCAGGUACUGUUCUACCAGAAGGUUCUAGCACAGGGCCAACGCUAGACCGGAGUGAUGGAGAACAGGCCAGAGCUCUGUUUGAGAGAGUCCGCAGGUUCCGGGCCCACUGCGAGAGCUCCAAUAUCAUUUACAAGGUGUACACAGCUCAGACUGUCUUCAAAGUGCUGAAGUUCAUUGUGAUCGUGAGCUACACCACACCUCUGCUGGCCUCCAUCUCUUUUACUUACAUCUGCCAGCCCCAUUCCCAAGCUUUAAUUGGAUACAGGACCUUCCAGUGCAGCCACCUGCUAUCAUCUGUCCUGCGCAAGCUGAUGAAAGCCUACAUCUGUCUCAUGGGCCUUUAUGGCCUGCUGGGUGUUUACACCCUUUUCUGGAUUUUCCACAAGUCUCUGAGGCAGUACUCAUUCCAACAUUUGCAUGAAAUAGGUUCCAUGUUGGACGCUCCAGACCUGUGUAAUGACCUGGCCUUCCUGUUACACAUGACGGAUCAGUAUGACCCCCUGCUGGCUCAGCGUCUCUCAGUUUUCCUGUCUCCCGUCAGUGAGACUCGGCUCAUGGAGGAAAACUUGGAGCGUCGCUGGAACUCCGGCCGUCUGCGCUCAAUGAUAACCUCUGAUCACAAAGGGCGCCCCUUGCUGCAGCUGGUGGCCGUUCCACAUCUUCCUCCUACACUCUUCACCCUGAGCCAGCUGGAAGUGCUGAAGCUGGAGUUAAUUGGAGAUGCUAAACUAACGUCACAGAUCUCCAAUAUGACUGCCCUGAGGGAGCUUCACCUGUAUCACUGCUCAGCUACAGUGGAGACUGGUGCACUUACAGUCCUCCAGGAGCGUCUAGAGUCUCUGCACCUCACCUUCACCCAAGCCACGGAGAUACCUGGCUGGGUGUACUCAUUACGCAACCUGCAGGAGCUCCACCUGAGUGGACGAGUGGCCAGCGAGGGCACCAUCGGGCGCGGCUGGGCACUGGGCAGCCUACGCUAUCUACGCCACCUUCGAGUCCUCACAUUGCGUGGCACACUCCAGAGAAUCCCGUCAGAACUGAGCGAGGUCGCGGGCAGCUUGGUGCAUUUAGAGAUCCACAACGAAGGUGCCAGGCUGCUGGUGCUGACAGGACUGCGACGUCUGGUGGGGUUGACUGAAGUGGAGCUGCAGGGAUGCCAGCUCGAGAGAUUACCUUCUGCUUUGCUAGCACUGACGGGAUUACGCAGUUUGGACCUGCAGCACAACAGCCUGAGGACAUUGGAGGAACUGCUGGGCCUGCAGCAUCUGAGGCGUCUUUCCUGCCUACGAUUGGCCCACAAUCGCAUACUGGCCGUUCCUACCAGUGUGGGAAUUCUCCGGGCCUUGGAGCUCUUGGAUUUGGCGCACAAUGAGCUGCGGAGUCUCCCACCAGCUCUGUUCACAAUCCACCGACUCCGGCGCCUCCUGCUGGCUGGGAACCUGCUUGAGGAACUGCCUGCUGAAGUAGGGGCACUCACUCUCCUCAUUGAACUUGACCUGAGCAGGAACAGGAUCGAGAGACUUCCAGAGGCACUUUUUGCCAACUGCAAGGAGUUACGUAUUCUGAAUUUGGCCAACAACUCCCUAGGAUCCCUGAACAUGGGAUUGUGCUCUUUGAGGCAUCUUUCCAAGCUGGAUGUACAAGGAAACAACCUCGAGGAACUGCCAGUUGAGCUUGGGUGCUGCUCAGGGCUUCGUGGAGGUGGUUUGCUGGUGGAGAGCUGGCUGCUGCACACUUUGCCGGGUCACAUCAGGGACUUCUUACAGCAACCAUCUUGUUCUUCUUCCGAAACAAAUUCCCGCCCUUGUUCCGAUAUAUUCCCUGCCUUCUCCGCCACCCAGUGGAGCUUCCUCUCGUCUGUGGAAUCACAGAUAUAGUUGAGAAGAGAUCUGAACAAUGCUUUCUAUAUGAAGUUUGAAUAAGUUAGUGCAGGCUUUUUCGGGAACGACUUUUGACACGAAUUUGCUCAUUUUUCUUGUUGAGUUCCAGUGGGAAGCAAAACACAGACUCCUUUCCACAGUAUUAUGAUGGAUAAGUAACCCAAGCUCAGGAUCGAACCGGGCUAACACGAUAACCACAAAUAUUUAUCAUUAAAUUCAUGAUUAUUAAUCACAAUUAUUUUAGCAAUUGUUUUUAACCACAGUACAGUAAGUCCCAGACUUAUGAACAUUCGAGUUGUGAAUCUUUCACAGAUACGAACGGUCCUCGCAUUACGAACAUUCGUAGAUGCGAACAAAUAGUGGAAGUAGCUCAUGUGCCUGCCGGAUGUUGUCACGGUUGUACUGACCAGUGCGAUAGUGUACAGCAGUACAGCACUCAAUCAGAGCCGAGGAUCUCCGGAAGCGAGAGGAAAAGCAGUGGUGAUGUGGAGGGGAACUGCAAGGAAGCGCAAAGCAAUAACCAUGGAAACAAACGUGAAUAUAUAUAUAUAUAUUUGUGUUAAAGGUCUAUACUUAUUUGUCAUUUACUUAACACCGUGCAUUAUAACCCUAUAUUUAUCUGAACAUAUUAAAUCGCUCACUCUAACUAAAUAAUGAAUCCAGAAAUAGAAUGUUAUCAAAUGACGUAGCUUUGGCUAAGCACGAUUAAAGUCGUGAAGGAAUAAUAUCGGCUAGCGAAGUGAUGUAAUAGUUUGUGAUUUAAUAAUUAAUGUUUCAUUUCACUAUGUACUGCGUCAGCUAUAUGUGGUUGAAAUGACAAUAAAGCUUUUUGAAUCUUGAAUCUAAUGCUAAUAAUAAGCAUUAGAAUUAUCCUAGUUCACAAAUUAAUGCUAGGUCCACCCCAGAUUCUGAAAUCAGUUAAAUCAAUGGCUUCUGAAUCGUAUCAUAACCCAUAGCACAGAUUCAGUGACAUUGCCAAAAAUCAAUCACUGACUUAUCAAUCCAAAUCCUAUCAUAUCACAUCAUAUCAUAUCAUGUAAAAAGCCUGAGGUUCUCACCUCUGCCGCCUGUUUACGUACGUAACUACAGUUAUUUGUCUUGGUUCUAGAGUAAAGCUGUAUUUUAUACUGAGAGUAUUUUAAAAUUGUCAGUAUAUAUUAAUAAGUGUAUUCUUUUUCUUCAAAGUAACUCGAAUAACUUACAAUUAAAAGACUAGCAUUUGGAUGAAC